AUGGCCUAUCAGAGGGAAUUCGAGAUGCAGGCCAUUCCUCCGCCAUCGCCAAAGACAUUACCAGCACCAGAACCCUCAUCAAAUAAUCUCGGCCCAGACUCAUCUUCUCCGAGCGCGUUGCACCGACUCCUAACAAGCUUCACACGCGCCCCGCCGCCGAGUCGGUCUGAGGAUGAGUACUCACUCAGCAGCUACAACACGUCGUACGCGACAAAUGGAAGGCUUUUCAAUAUGAGUAAAGCCAACUACAAUUCUGCCAACACCGCCCUCGCCCGUGAGCUCAAAAAUCGACACUUGCAGAUGAUCGCGUUCGGAGGGUCUAUCGGAACCGGUCUUUUUGUCGCCAGCGGCGUGGCGUUAUUUCGGGGAGGACCGGCUUCGCUACUCAUUGCCUUUGUGACAAUGGGCACAAUGCAAUUCUUUACGAUGCAAGCUCUUGGAGAAUUAAGUGUUGCGUUUCCGACCCAUCAUGGGGGUUUGCAAUGGGGUGGAAUUUUACCACUUGAGAUUAUCGCCGGUGCAUUUACGACAAAUUACUGGAACCCAGAUGCCAGCAAGUCAAUGUUUAUCAUCCUUUUCUUUUUUCUCAUUCUCGGCAUCAAUUUACUCGGUGUGAAAGGCUAUGGAGAGGCCGAGUUUAUCUUUUCAGCCGUCAAGAUCACCGCCGUCAUGGGCUUCAUUCUCCUUGGUAUAAUUAUCAACAUAGCAGGCGAACCAGAAGGCGGCUACAUUGGCUUCAGUCACUGGCAGAACCCAGGCGCCUUCAACAACGGCUUCAAAGGAUUCGCAAGUGUCCUCGUUACUGCAACAUUCUCUUUUGCCGGCACAGAAAUGGUCGGUCUCGCCGCCGCGGAAACAAGCAACCCGAAAAAGUCUCUCCCAGCAGCCGUAAAGCAGGUCUUUUGGCGCAUAUCCCUCUUCUACAUCCUCUCGAUUCUUCUUAUCGGUCUGCUCGUCCCAUAUAAUGAACCGCGACUGUUGGGUGCCAAGUACGGAUCUGAUGCGGCAGCCAGUCCCUUCGUCAUCGCCAUCGAGAUGAGCGGUUCGGAUAUUUUACCCGAUAUUAUGAAUGCUGUUAUUCUCAUUAGUUUGAUAUCGGUUGGAAACACGGCUGUGUAUGCUUCGUCGCGCACAAUUGCCGCGUUGGCAGAGCAGUCGUUAGCACCCAAGAUCUUUGCCUACAUCGACCGGACUGGACGACCUCUCAUUGCGAUUAUUUGCUGCGGAACGGUAGGUCUGCUUGCUUUCGUCGCGAAUUCCGAAAUCCACAACGAAAUCUUCAACUGGCUUCUCGCCAUCAGCGGGUUAAGUACUUUGUUCACAUGGGCAUCCAUAUGUGUCUGCCACAUCCGCUUCCGAAAAGCAUGGCAACUCUCAGGCUACAAGCUAUCCCAACUAGCUUUCAAAUCGCAAGUAGGCGUUUGGGGCUCAUGGGUAGCUCUGUUUGCCUACACCACUGUAUUACUCCUCCAAUUCUGGGUGGCCAUAUCACCCAUCCAACCUACGGACCAAGCACCAUUCACAACGCCUGAACGCAUCAAGAAUUUCUUUUUGCAGAUUCUAACAGUACCUGUUAUUAUCGCCUUUUACUUUGCACAUAAAAUCUGGGUGGGGACAAAAAUUGUUCGAGAUAAAGAUAUAGAUAUUCAUACAGGUCGUAGAUACCUGCAGGUAUGGAAUGAAGAGGAGGAGCAGGCACGAAAAGCAUGGCCUCUGUGGAAACGGCUUUACAAUCAUAUGUGUUAG